AUGGAGGCCGGGGAUCACAGCGGCGGCAACGGCAAGAGGGCGAGAGGGGAUGAGGAGGUGAAGCCGGAGGAAGGAGAACUGGUGAUGCAGGACGGAGACGAAGGCAGAAAUGCCUUGGCGGUGGUGGAGGCGCAGGCGCCCAUGGCGGAUCAGCCGCAGAUGGACCUCAGGAUGGACGUGGCUUUGCUCCACUGCCAGGCCUGCCUCCUUCCCCUCAAACCCCCCGUCUUCAAGUGCGAGGCCGCCGGGCACGUCGUGUGCUGCUACUGCCGGGCCGGCCACGGCGACAUCUGCAGCCGCGCCAACACCCACUGCGGCGAGCUGGACGCCGUCGUCGGCGCCGCCAAGGUGCCCUGCCCCUACAAGGUGUUCGGCUGCGAGCGCUACGUCGUGUACCACGAGAGCGCGGACCACCAGCGCGUGUGCCAGUGCGCGCCGUGCGCCUGCCCGGAGCCCGGCUGCGCGUACAUGGGCUCCCGCGGGAUGCUGCUCGACCACUUCGCCGCCGCCCACUCGCGCCUCGCCACCGCGCUCCGGUACGGCCGGUCCUGGAACCUCAGCUUUCCCCUCUCCCACCGCUGGCACGUCCUCGUCGGGGAGGAGGACAAGAGCGUGUUCCUCCUGCUCUUGGGCGCGCUGGGCGCCGCCACCGCCGUGUCGCUGGUCUGCGUCAGGGCGGAUGGCGCCCCGGUGCCACAGUUCUGGUGCAAGCUCUCCGUCGAGCGCCCGGGCGACGACAAGGACAAGCUGGUUCUCAUGGCCUCCACGGUGGGAACCAGCGCGCUCACCGGUGGCGCGCCGGCGCCAGGCAAGGGAAUGUUCUUGGCGGUGCCCCAGGAGCUGCUCUACGGCGACAUGCUCGCGCUCUGCAUCCGCAUUGAUCAGCUCCGACCUGCCGCCGCUGCUCCCAGUCCCAGCCCCAGGUCGACGACACCACAAGCAAGGAUACCCAGGAAGACUGUGUUCGUUUGA